GCGGAUCACCAGAGAAGGUAAAUGUAUAUCUGGCAGAAGAAUGAAUAAAAGGUGAACAGCAGAUAACCAGGCAGCCAAUCAGAGUCCGAGGUUGAGGCGGCAUCCGUGCGCUGAUUGGUCGAUCGCACUGCUUCUACUGAUGCGUUUGCUGCGAAGCCAGCGACCACUCUCUCUUUCACCGGUUGCAGUACUUUCCACACCUAUUCCUCUCCCUUCAACAGCCGGAAUCUCUUUCCUACUCGUCUGCUUCUCUUCGAGCAUCAAGCACCCAAACCGCAGCCACGAUGACUGAGGCGUUGGUGAAGAAGCAGCACAAGUCGAGCAACGGAAAUGUUCUUCCAGAAGCCACCAGGGAAGACGUGUUUGACCACUCAUACAGAGAAAAAGACGGGCCCAAACCUCCCUCGACCAUCGUGUGGACAAACGUCGUUUUGAUGACUCUGUUGCAUAUAGGUGCCGCUUACGGGGUGUCCGUCAUCCCUUCAGCAUCCCCUUUGACCUUACUUUGGUCCUUACUUUGCUUUUUCAUAAGUGCUUUAGGAGUUACUGCCGGAGCUCAUCGCCUGUGGAGCCACAGAUCCUACAAGGCCACAUUACCUCUAAAGAUCUUUCUUGGUUUAGCCAACUCCAUGUCAUUUCAGAAUGAUAUCUUUGAGUGGGCUCGAGACCACAGGGUUCACCACAAGUAUUCGGAGACAGAUGCUGACCCGCACAACGCCGUCCGGGGCUUCUUCUUCGCUCACAUUGGCUGGCUGAUGCUGCGCAAACACCCCGACGUCAUUGAGAAGGGAAAAAAGCUGGAGCUCAGUGACCUGAAGUCUGACAAAGUUGUAAUGUUUCAAAGGAAGUAUUACAAGCCGUCUGUGCUGCUCAUGUGCUUCUUCGUCCCCAUGUCCGUGCCCUGGUACUUUUGGGGGGAGUCUCUGUGGGUGGCGUACUUCGUCCCAGCUCUGUUGAGGUACACCUUGGUGCUGAACGCCACCUGGCUGGUCAACAGCGCGGCUCACAUGUGGGGGAACAGGCCCUAUGACAAGGGCAUCAACCCCAGGGAGAACAAGUUUGUCACAUUCAGCGCUAUAGGUGAGGGAUUUCACAACUAUCACCACACGUUCCCCUUUGACUAUGCAACAAGUGAGUUCGGCUGCAAGUUGAACAUUACCACUUGUUUCAUCGACGCCAUGUGCUUCUUGGGCCUGGCCACGGACCCCAAGAGAGUGUCCCACGAGCUGGUCGCGGCCCGAUCACAGCGCACCGGAGACGGAAGCCACCGGAGUGGCUAAGGUCGACGAAUUGCGGUCAGCUUCGAGGGAAGAACUAUCGACAAGAAGAAGCUUCACAGCCCUUUGACAGCUAUACAUUUCUCAUCCGCUGAAGAUAAAGGUCAUCUUCAUGAGGGCCUUGACAACAUUUUGUAGCUGUAACUAAAAAAAAAACCACAUUUUGCGAAGCUCUUUGCCUUGGUUUCUGUUCAGACAGACCAUAGUCUUGCAAAGAUGCUUUAAACCGGAAGUAGAAACAUUUUAAACGUCAACUUCAUCCUCUGCUGUUUUUGCCACUUUUGGUGUGCAUCCUUCGUGCAGGGUCAGUCAUUGUAGCCGAUCAUUUUAUGUAAGUAUUACUUAAUUGUUAAUCAAAAUAGAUAAGAAGUGGAGCUGUGAAAAUAUGGAGUAACAAUGUUUCAUCUGAUAAGAUAUGCUACUUAUAAGAGACGGUUGUCAUUGCUUGUUUACAGCCAGUUUGUUGCCGUUCUCAUACGUGGAGAAUUCACUUUUUGAGCGCUUUAAGAUCUCGGAGAAAAAAAAGGGAUGAGAGUUUGAAUGAUGUUGUGCUUUAAUGAAAUAUGGCACGUGAUGGAAGAGUGAGGGAAUGUGUUGCAGUAUGUACCCAAAUAUGUAGAAAAAACAAACACAUACUGUAUUUAGUCUGUGUAGUAAAUGGAUCGAGUAUUCCCCAGACAAUAUAGGUGAGGAAUUCAUCAUUAAAUACAAACUGCCCUUCAAUUUUACCAGUAAGAUACAUUUGAAUUUAGAACCAUGCCAUGUUUAAUCAACGUCCUUGUGUUUUUAGUGAAUAUAUCAUAGUGCCAAGAGCGUGCCAAUUGUCGACAUAUUUACAAGCAUCCUAUUGGUCCACGAGAGCACACUUAAGUCGAUAUUGCUUCUUCAGCCGGCAUCAUUGUGGAUGUUUUUUUUUUUAACAUUGUGGCAUCAGUGGCUUUGCAUCCGCUUUCAUCCAACACGUCCCGUCUUUUGUCCAGAAACAUCUGCAGCAGAGAUCUCAUUGGUCGAUGUAGCAGCCAGUCAUGUGACAGUUCUGGUGUUGCAAAAACAACAUGCCACCCAUGCAUGAUGAUAUACUGUCGUAGGUGUUUGUGGUGAGGUGUUUUAUCGGUGACUCUGAUGAUGGCAGAGCCGUGUCUAUUUUUGUAACGUACUGUGGAGCCGCAUCGCUUUUCGGAUCAUCAGAACUGUUGCCGUGGUGAUUUCUGAGACGGGACCGGGUUUCCCUUUAUGUCCUGCAAAGCUGAUUGUCAUUGCUAAAUUUCAGGUGCAUCAAUGUUAAUGCUCAUCUUCAAUUCUGGUGUGCGGAAUGCUUUUAUUAUCUUAUUUAUGUAUUUAUUUAGUUUUUUUCCCCCUUAUUGACUUUGAAGAACGAUUGCUCUAAUCGCAACCAGUUUUUUGCACUCCAACAUUUGACAGUAAAAUAAGUCAAAAAUCUGAGCUCCUGUUUAUUUUAUAAGAGUCAGGAUACAACCUAAUGCCUUAUGACUUGCAUCCAUUCCUGAUCUUCUUCGCGCCAAAUCUGACCACGGUCCAUGUUUACAGGCUGAAGCACCAGAUGGAACAUUGUUUUUAUAUUCUGAAAAAACACAUUCAAUUUAGGCAAAUUGACAACAUCGAUCGACAAAAAUAAAGUGCUUUAAAUUAAAAUAGAGGAUCGAAGUUUAUAUUCCAAGAAUACAAAUGAAAAAACGCCUGCUGCAAAAUGUUCAAUCAACAGAUUUAACCUGCAAAAAUAUGGGCCCUGAUGUGCCGACUAGUUCCAACCCACCGGGAUGUGAGAGCAUCAUCAGAGCACUUCACAAGCCAUGCAAACAACUCCUGCUGCCCAGAACCAACAUGUUCCUAAUGACGAGAUCAAAAGGUUGUCAGUCUGAAUGAUGUCAAAUCUCAACUGUACUCUAUUCUGAAAUAAAAAUUCAACAAUAUUUUCAAUACACACAAUUAA